AUGUUGUUUCGGUUCGUGACUGCCUUCCUGCUCCUGGGCUGUGGCCUCAGCGACGCAAUACUCCGCGUUGAACUCAGUGCCGCGCAACGUGCAAAGCUGUCCGACCCAGCAUCUUUGGCCAAUAAAAAAUUGGACAAUCGCGUUGUAAACGGCUUCGAUACGCCUCUUGGUCAGGCACCUUACCAGAUCUCGCUGCAGUCCAUGUAUAACGAGCACAUGUGCGGUGGCGCCAUUGUUGGCGAGCGCCAUGUUGUGACGGCGGCUCAUUGCGUCUACGGGUACAACCCCAUAUACCUUCGCGUGGCCACAGGCACUGUAAGGUGGCAGCAGCCGGAUGCAAAAUAUUUUGUGGAGGAGUAUUGGGUGCACUGCAACUACAACAGCCCAGAUUAUAACAACGACAUUGCCGUAAUACGCCUUAACGACUCGAUUGUGUGGAACGAUUACACUAAACCCAUAGCGUUGCCAACAGAGCCACUGGCCAACAAUACAAAGGUUCUGCUCACUGGCUGGGGAUCCACGGAAUAUAUGGGAGACACUCCCGAUGUGCUGCAGCAGGCCUCUCUAACGUAUGUGAAUUACACAGUGUGUCAGGAGGAAAUGGGCGGUGAUAUUCGCAACGGCGUGGGGCAUAUGUGUACGCUGACACACGAAGGACAAGGUGCAUGUCAUGGGGAUUCCGGCGGCCCAUUGGUGGCAAAUGGUUAUCUCUACGGACUUGUAAACUGGGGAUAUCCGUGCGCCGUUGGCUUCCCAGACUCCCAUGCAUAUGUUUACUAUUACCGCGAUUGGAUCCUGCGCACCAUGUCUGGGCCCUGCAAGAAUUGUCACUGCUAUGCCAGUAACUAUGGUGUUUAAAAAGAAAGUCCAAUCUCCUUAUGCAAUAAAAGUAUAUAUGUAUUUAUAUGUA